GUCAUUAUCGCUCCCUUCACACUGGUUCCGCGUGUUGAUAGUGAAGACGGGGUCGCGCAGAAACAAGAUUUUUCGCAGCUUACUCGAGCCGAACCGUGGCAGAAAUCAGAGGAAGAUGGACAUGAAGAAGAGGGUCUCGCUGGAGCUGAGGCACCGGUCACCGGCGGAGGUCCAGGAGCUGGUCCUGGACAACUGUCGCUCCAGUGAAGGAAAGAUUGAGGGCAUCACAGAGGAGUUCUCUAACCUAGAGCUGCUGAGUCUCAUCAACGUUGGCCUGACCAGCGCUGCAGACCUGCCCAAACUGGACAAACUGAAAAAGUUGGAGCUCAGCGACAACAGGAUAUCGGGAGGUCUGGAGGUUCUGGCAGAGCGGCUCGUGAACCUGACGCAUCUCAACCUCAGCGGGAACAAGUUCAAAGACAUCAGCACCCUGGAGCCCCUGAAAAAGUUGCCGCAGCUGAAAAGUCUCGACCUGUUCAACUGCGAAGUGACCAACUUGACCGACUACAGGGAGUCCAUCUUUAAGCUCCUCCCCCAGCUCACCUACCUGGACGGCUACGACAUCGAUGACUGCGAGGCGUCCGACUCGGACGGAGAGGUAGAUGGUGUGGAGGAUGAGGACGAAGAAGAGGGCGAAUCAGAGGAUAUUGAGGAGGAGGAAGAUGAAGACGAGGAGGACGUUGUGGCAGAAGAGGAUGAUGAGGAUGAUGACAGUGCCGAUGACGAAGACGGCGAGGUGAACGGAGACGUGGACAGUGAGGAAGAUGAGGACGACGAGGAGGAAGACGAGGAUGAUGAUGACGAAGACUCGUCUCCGGCCAAAGGAGAGAAGAGGAAGAGGGAUCCCGAGGACGAAGACGACGAUGACGACGAGUGACCCACGGCGCUCCCUGUAAACCCCUCCCGCCCCGAUGACCCACCUGCUUCCUUCCCUCCUCCACUCGGCCGACUCCCACGCUACGUCUCAUUCUGGCUCCUCCCACUGCACUUUUGUCCCAAAUCGUCGCGGCCUCCGUUAACUGGAAAACUGCGCGAAAUAGAACGCGACUCUAUUUGCCCCGUAAAUCUGAAAAUAAUCUCUGAUUAACUCGAGCCACAAGACCCUUGAAUUUGAAGGUAUUUACAUUGUUGAUUAAUCUGCUGAUUAUUCAACCUGAUUAUUGGUUCAUUGAUUGUUGCAAACAGCAGCAGACUGGUAAAUUUAUCGGGUUCUCGAUUCGGAAUCCGUGACACAAACAUGCGACAUUUUUUAAAAAUCAUCAAGCUGCAGUCAUUUAUUACGUCGAGCUUCCGAAGACGUGGCAUCGCGGGGAAGUGGAGUCUGCGAACGCCAGAGAAAUGCAUGAUGGGAAUUUGAAUUUCAGCUCCGUGUGCUGUUGACAAGUUUCUCACAAGUUUUACUUUUGUCAUCAAAUUUACAGCCUUUCGACAUUUUUGUUUGUUUUGUUUACGAUUUCGGAAAGUCGACCCUCGCGUAAUUACGCAAAAAAAUAAUAAUCCCACAAUAGAUUAAAAAAAAAUAGGUUUGGGUCGUUUCUGUGCAAACUCUGCCCCCCAUGUGAUGUCAUCACUGCGGGACUGAACCAGCAGUGGCGUUUGUGUCAUGUCAAGUUUCACUGCAGAAGCCUGACUCCUCCCCCCUCCCCACGGCCGAGCGUGCUCAGGGCAAAGUCUCUCUCGCUCUUUCUCUCUCUGUCUCUCUCUCUCUCUCACUCUCUCAGAGCUUUUUAAAAGAUAUUUUUUCAAAGGACAUUUUUGUUUAAUUUUGUAUCGUUGUCUGGGGACUUUCUCGCUCUCUCUCCAGUUAUUUCACUCACUGACUAGUUGAAUUUGUGUUUUUUGUGUUUUUUUUUUUUACGAUCUGUAAGUUAAACAAAAAACAAACAAAAAGGACUUUGUAAAUAAAAUCUUAACAUUUUG